GCAAAACUCGCAUCAGGGUCAUCUACCUUUACUAACUACGCGCGCGGAAUAAAUACUUGAGAUGUUGCUCCCCACUAUAACUGUUACAUACCGGGAUUGGCUUUCCUCCCCUUGACUCCGUCUUCUUCCAUAGCGAUCCCGUCCAUCAUGCAGAAACCAGAUGAAUCCGGGGAAAUCUCGACUGCCGAAAGGACGUACGAUGUCGGCGACAAGAAUAAUGAACAUGAUGAAGUCGUAGUGAGCUCUGCGACCGAGAAGCCCACGAGAUCUCUGUUCGUGGCAUGGAUGUACAUUUUCGACUGGUACCCCAGCCACUAUAGCAAGGAAGAGAAGAAGCUCUUGCGCAAGCUUGACUGCAUCCUACUUACCUUGUGCUGCUUGUGCUUCUAUAUCAAAUGGCUCGACCAGAAUGCGCUCAAUAGUGCGUAUGUUUCCGGUAUGAGAGAGGAGCUUCGCAUCAAAGGGAACCAGUACUCGCUGUUCGGUACCUUUUACAACAUCGGGUAUCUGAUCUUCGAGAUUCCAAGCAUGAUGAUCAUCUCACGUCCGAAGCUGGCCCGUUACUACCUACCACUGAUGGAGACGCUGUGGUCGAUCCUCACCUUCUGUCAAAGCAAGCUUCAGAAUGACAAGCAGAUAUUCGGCUUGAGGUUCCUACUAGGUGUUUUGGAGACCCCGGCUUCAACCGGCAGCAUCUACCUUUUGACAUCGUGGUAUCGUGCUGACGAGGUCUUCAAACGCGCUGGCGUGUGGUACGUCUCGAGCAAUGCUGGAGCAAUGUUCAGCGGCUACUUACAGGCGGCUGCGCACAAGAACCUGAAUGGCGCCAUGGGCCGCUCGGGCUGGCGGUGGCUGUUUAUCAUCGACGGCAGCAUCAGUCUUCCAAUUGCACUCCUCGGCUUUAUCAUGUUCCCUGGCCUUCCUACCAGCCCACGGGUCUGGUGGCUCACAGAGAAGGAACAGAAACUCGCCAUCGCCCGCAUGCGCAAUGAUGGAGUGAAGCAAUCCAGCAAGAUCGGAAAACGUAUGCUCAAGCGUGUCUUCACGCAUUGGCACUUCUACAUCCUUGUCCUAACGUACGUGUGCUUUCAGUGCACCUCGUAUGUCGGCGGUCAGAUGGCGAUCUGGCUCAAAUAUGAAGCUGACAAGCACGGCACAUACACCAUUGAGGAGAUCAACCUCAUUCCGACUGGUGUACAGGGUGUGGCCAUCGUCACUGGUGUCUUGGCUACUAGUCUGGUCAUGAUAUACCCCAUGUGGAUCGUGUUUACGGUCGUUUCCUCGAUCCUGCUAUUUGCCAAUGUAUGUUUGCUGGUAUGGGAAAUACCGCUUGGUCUGCACUUCCUCUGUUACUACCUCCUGGGUAUGACAUCCUGUAUCACACCCAUUCUCUUCCCAUGGGUGAAUAUGAUGAUGAAAGACGACAACGAAGCGCGCAGCUUCACCACUGGCGCAAUGAUGACUAUUGGCUGGGCGUUCUUCAGCUUCUACCCCAUUACUACGUUCCCGAUUCUUGAGGGGCCGAAGUGGCGGAAGGGCUUCACCGUCAACACAGUGCUCAUAUGUGCUUAUAUGACGUUCUUCCUGGUUGGUCAGUACCUGUGGAGGAGGGAAGUAGCGGCGAAAACGUUCGACACAGACCCUUCUGCCAGCGAGCCGCUGGAAAAAGAGCCUGACGCCGUGCACGUCGAGGUUGCAGAUAAGGAGACGAGGGUCUGAGACCACCGAAAGAUAGUCUUAAGCAUACGCCAGGAAGAGAACAAGCUAGAAUUUUGAGCUUGCCGCAGC